CUGAUGAGGAAGAAGGCUACACGCAAGCGCAGAAUGACCCGGCCUACAGGCUUUAACUGAUAAAAUUUACAGAUUACAUGUCGUAAAAUUUAGCUCUCCCCAAAUUUCAGGACCUGUCCUUUUUUAAAGAGCUGAAAGUGAUCAAAGGAAUGAUCGUGUUUGUUAGGUUCAAUUUGAGCCAUGGAUUCCCGGUGGAGGUUGAUGCAAAUGCCAGGAUCUUGCAGCUUAAGGAGGCUGUUGCUAAGAGACAAGGAGUUCCAUUUGACCAGUUGUGCGUUAUCUUUGCUGGAAAGGAGCUGAGGAAUGACUUGACACUGCAGAGUUGUGGCCUGAUCCAGCAAAGUACUGUUCAUGUGGUCCAAACCACUUCUCAACUAACUCAAAAUCCACCUACUGAUACAACCACUGGCAUUCUGGGGAAAAGAAAUGGAGGUAAAGCGGACAUCUUAAAUCAGAUGGAUCUCAGUGCAUCUGUCUUUCCAAGUCAUCCUAUGAAUCUCAAAGCUGUCCUUGGAAAUGGAGGUCAGGGUCAUCUUAGCUGCUAUGAAUCUUCAGGUUCAAGACCUUACAACAGAUUUUAUGUCUAUUGCAAGGCAACAUGCAAAGCAGUGCAGCCUGGGAAACUAAGGGUGCGGUGUAGCACGUGUCAGCAAGGAACAUUGACUUUAACCAGGGACCCAUCUUGCUGGGAGGAUGUUUUGGAAAGGAGUAGGAUGAAAGGUGUGUGUCAAACAGAAGACUGCAAUGGAACUGUUGCAGAGUUUUACUUCAAAUGUGGAAAACAUCCAACCUCUGAGAGUGACACAUCUGUGAUUUUGAACUUAAUUACUCCAAACAGACAAAACAUCCCAUGUAUAACCUGUACUGAAACUGUUGAUCCAGUGUUGAUAUUUCCUUGUGUGGAUCGACAUGUCAUAUGCUUGGAUUGUUUCCAUCUAUAUUGCGUGACACGGCUGAAUGACCGGCAAUUUAUCCAUGACCCAGAACUUGGAUAUUCCCUCCCCUGUGUGGCUGGCUGCCCAGACUCACUGAUUAAAGAAGUGCAUCACUUCAGAAUUCUUGGGAAUGACAAGUAUGAUCGUUAUCAGCGCUACGCUGCAGAGGAAUGUGUGCUGCAGAUGGGUGGGGUUUUGUGCCCAAGACCAGAUUGUGGAGCUGGACUGCUUCCUGAUGCAGGUCUACGUAGGAUUGAGUGUCUGCAACAAAAUGGAGUAGGUUGUGGGUUUAUAUUUUGCCGUGAGUGCAAGGAAGAGUAUCAUGAGGAGGAGUGCAGUGGCCUUUGUAUGACAGAAUGCACUGUGACCCAACAGGAUUGUGUUAUCAAUCAACAGGCUGCACAACAAGCUCUCUGGGACAAGGCCUCAAGACAGGCAAUCAAGGAAACAACUAAACCUUGUCCCAAAUGCCAAGUACCAGUGGAGAAGAAUGGAGGCUGCAUGCACAUGAAAUGCCCCAGGCCUUCUUGCCACUUUGAAUGGUGCUGGUUGUGCAGCAAGGAGUGGAAUCGUGACUGCAUGGGAGAUCACUGGUUCGAGUGACUUGAACAAGAAGAAGCAGAACAAAUAUAGAGCUCUGGAAAGCACAUUAAAUUUAUUAGUGACUAGCAUUAGACAUAAGGUUUGGUUUGCUCAGCCAUGUACAAUGAAAUCACAAUGAGUUGAAGCUUAGGGAGUCUGCCCACAAAUUUAUAUUAACAGGUAGUCAAGGAGACCCCAAUGUGAUCCAAUUUGCUAAUAAAGACAAUCUGUGACAAAAAA